UUUGUAUUUUUAAACGACGACUGGAUGGCAAAAGUUCAGUGCGCUCGCAGCUAUUAUGUGGAUUAUCUGCCUCUUGCUGGUGCCCCUUGUGGCGGCCAGUUCCAAUACAAGACUUCUAAAUGGCAUCCUAAGUCAUGUGGACAAGGAAGCCAAUCCCUGUGAGAACUACUACAACCACGCCUGCGGCCAGUACAACAUGCGUCACAUCGACGACACCUUCUUCGACAUUAUACAAAUGCUGGAUCACCAGGUUAACCAGAACUUGGUGAAACUAAUGGACGAGCUGGAAAUGAGUUCUCAAUUGCCGGACUUUAAUGUAUCUAGUGUAGAUGGCAAGGUCCUUCGUUACUACCUUAGUUGUCGUGGAGCGCCGCGGAAUAUGGAUAGUUUAAGCCAGUAUCUGAAAGUGAUUUCCCCCGGCGAAGGACUCACAUGGCCUCAAUUCAUUCCGGACGGUAGUUCUUGGCCCCAGGAGAAUUUCAAAUGGCUCAAGGCACUGGCUCAUCUGCAUCGCUACGGUCUAACUAACGUGUUUUUUAACCUUGAAGUCGUGUCAAACCCACGAAAUGCCAGCGAGUACAUGGUAGAAUUAAAUACACCCACUUUUGGAGAAGAAUCUCAACUGCCGAACAGUUUUAUUGAAAUUCUAUCCGUUCUCUAUAUCAUAAAGGUUCCUUCCAGUGAAAUCAUUACUCUGGCGCGAAAAAUGCGAACGCUUGAAUUGUUGCUUAAAACGAUGAUCAAUCCGAUCGACACACUGAAUAAUAGAUACAUUAGUAUCCGCGAUUUUCAGAUGGAAACCGGUCACAACUGGCAGCGUUUCUUUGAGAUUUUAAUAGGCUCCAGCGCAGCCCCAGAACUCCAAGUGUUGGUGCGCAAUUUUAGGUACUUUACCGCCCUUAAGGAACUAAUGGACAAACAGGAUGCUCGGCUGGUGGCCAGCUACAUAAUGACCCGAUUUGCAAUAUUUCUAUUGGAUGAAACCAUGGGUGGCAGAGAAUCCACGGAGUGUGUGUCACAGGUGCGCCGCAACAUGAAUUUGGCUGCAAACAUGCUCUAUAAGGAACGAUUUUUCGAAGACUCCACUUUCAGUGCCAAUAUCCUGGAAAUUAAGGACAUUUUCGAGAAACUACGCCAUCAGUUUCUGCUGCAAGUCGAUCAAAAUCAUCUAGAGUUGACUGCUUUGCAGAUGAAAUUUUUCGUUCGAAAGGCAGAGGCAAUUGAGAUCAACGUUGUGAAUCUUCCAAAAACCGAUGAUCUUCGCCAUUUCAUCGGCCAGUACUACCAAGACUUGCAGUUUCCCACUGGCGAGCUGGAUUACCAUCAGGAGCACCUCAAGGUGCUGCAGUUUCGCACCCAAAAGAUGUUGGCCCAAUCCAGCAAAGGGCACUCAGAGGAGCAGAAUAUUUUGACUUACAGGAGCCAAGCGGCGCCAUUGCCUCCACCUCAGCCAUUCUUUCAGCUGGAAAGCGAAGAUGUCUUCAAAUACAGCCUGAUGGGAUAUAUUAUGGCACAUCACUUGAUAAGCGCCUUUGCCACCGAGGGCAUUACAAUUGGCAGCGAUGGAAACGAUCAAUCAUUUAGAUCGCAUCGUUUCGAAGAAGCAGUCAGUUGCUUGUCACGCAAUUCAGAGAACAUCGAUGAAAGCAUGGGCGAUAUUGCUGGUUUAGAACUGGCCUAUUUUACUUAUGCUAAGAUGGCCAAGAAUCGAAACCGUUUGGAUUUCACCCAUUUGCCACCGGAGCAGAUAUUCUUCCUAAAUGUUGGCCAGUUCUUCUGCGGCAAUAGCGAUAUGUUGGUUCAGUACAAGGAAGAUCAAGUGCGUUUACAGCGAGCUAUUGAAGGGUUUGAGCCAUUUGACAAGGCUUUUGGGUGCUACCGCAAUAAGCCUAAGCACGAGAAGUGUCGUUUAUAGUGAAUACCUUGUACAUAUGCUUAGAAAUACAUAUUUUUUGAUAACAAUAAUACAAGACAAUCGUGUU